UCCGCCAUCAGUUGCCUGCUUCUUUGAACUGAGUUCUCCUCAGCUUUUGAUCUCUCCAGCACUAUGAAGAUCUUCCUCAGUACUUGUCUCUUCUUGGCCAUCCUUUCUGAAGCGGAAGCUGAGGUAUGUUUUGUAAAGAAACCAGGAAAAAAAUUUGAAAGAAAAACUUGUAAAACUUCCAAAGGUGGCAGUUGCUUUGUGCAGUAUAAUACCACCACUUUAAAUGGCUCUUUUAUGUUCGAAGACGCAAGGGGAUGUACUACAGAUUGCACCCCAGAGAACUAUAGUUUCACCAACGAAAAUGGUCGUUACUGGCGGAGUUACAGGUCCUGCUGUAGUGGUUUAGAUUGCGCCGAUUUAUUUACUCAAAAGAUGAAAUAUCAGUUUAAUGGCAAGGAGUGUCCAACUUGUUGUCGUUCUCUUUCAAAAGCCUGUAAUGGCUCGAAGACCAUCAAGUGUCUUAAUGAUGAGACUCAGUGCAUAGAGUUUGUUGUUGCUCACGAUGACAGUGCAAUUCCUGAAGAUUAUUUCUAUGGCUGUGCAGCCCCAAAGUUUUGUGAACUGGCCAAGAAUUCAAUGCAUAUUGAUGCUGUUUCAGGCACUAUAACCAGAGCACGAUGCAGUGAUACUCUCCCUUCCCCAAAGCAGCUCAACUAUGAAGGGUAGUUAGAAGAGAAAGAUGUCUUCUUCCUUUUGGAUCCCACUGUUUCUUGCAGCAGUGGAGGUGGAAGUUGCUUGCCUGGUGGUGGGAGAGGAAAAGCUACUGCAAUUCACAGGAUUCCUGAAUCCUCUAUUUGGCUUUCAAUGGAAGGUGAAUGGGAUGCAGGGAAUAGAUAUGCUAAAGUAAGAAUGUUGGGCUUGGGAGCUCUGUCUCGUGAUAAUAUGGUAUAUGGGUAAAAUUUAUCUUUGUUCAUAAUCAAAAUAAAUUGGU